GGUUCCCACCAGAGCUACAACAUGCCUGAUACUACAGUCAAAGCGCCCAAGAAGGGCUCAAAGAAAGGCGCCACCAAGAACGUCAGCAAGAGCGGCAAUAAGAAGAGGAGGACCAAGAGGAGGGAGAGCUACGCCAUCUACGUGUACAAGGUGCUGAAGCAGGUCCACCCCGACACCGGCAUCUCCUCCAAGGCCAUGGGCAUCAUGAACUCCUUCGUCAGCGACAUCUUUGAGCGCAUCGCCGGUGAGGCCUCCCGUCUGGCUCACUACAACAAGCGCUCCACCAUCACUUCCAGGGAGAUCCAGACCGCCGUCCGCCUGCUGCUGCCCGGGGAGCUGGCCAAGCACGCCGUGUCUGAGGGCACCAAGGCCGUCACCAAGUACACCAGCUCCAAGUAAACACUGCUGCUGC